AUGAAUGCAAAUAUGGAUCCAUGUGAAGAUUUUUAUGAAUAUGCCUGUGGAAAUUGGAUCAAAGAGCAUCCGAUACCCGAUGAUGCACCAUCAGUGUCAAAUUUUGAAAAUUUAGGACAAGGUCUUGAAUUAGCUCUAAAAGGUCUAUUGGAACGAAAGAAUGUAGAAGGCCUGGAUGGUGAAGCUGUACGAAAAGCUCGAGCGUUUUAUCGGCUAUGCCUCAAUGAAACUGCUAUAAUGAAUACUUGGAGGGAAGCAUUUGAUGAUGCGGUAGAAAAAUUUGGUGGAUGGCCAAGCCUAGAACAAUCAGAUGAUAAGCCAAGGAUUCCAAUCGAACAAAUGUACGGUGUAAUGGUGGCAAAAUUCAAAUGUGACUCACUUUUUAAAGCAACUGUUCAGCCUGAUGAUAAAAAUUCGAAGCAAAAUAUUUUACUGAUUGAUCAACCAGCAUUGAAUUUAUUUGCACGAGACUUUUAUAUCUUACCAGAAACGCAAGAAGAACGACUGGCAUAUAAAACACUAAUCAGAGAUGUUUUGCUAUUGUUGCAAGCUCGAGUUGAAGCAUACAAUCGUGAUUUUGAUGAAAUUUUACAAUUUGAAACCGAUCUUGCAAACGUAGAAGAAAUGAUUGAUUUAAUAAUGGCAGCAUUUGUGGAUAUGCUACAAACGGAAGAUUGGCUUACUGAGCGUGCAAAAGAAUUUGCUAAAGAAAAAGUUGAUGCGAUGAGUAAAAAAAUUGGUUAUCCGAAUUAUUUGGAUGAUUCAAAAUUAGUAGAUAAUGAUUAUAAAGAUUACAUCGUUUAUGAUAACAAUUAUUACAAGACAAAAUUUCAAUUUUAUCAGAUGUACCAAAAGGAUGUAUUGGAGCGUAUCGUCGAGAAAGUUGAUCGUGAAAGAUGGGUAGCUGGAGCAGCACUUGUAAAUGCUUUUUAUAGCCCAAAUACAAAUGAAAUAAUAUUUCCGGCUGGUAUCUUACAACCCGUUUUCUACCAUAAGAAUUUUCCGCGCUCCAUGAAUUUUGGCGGUAUUGGUGUUGUAAUUGGUCAUGAAAUUACACACGGAUUUGAUGAUCGAGGACGGUUAUACGAUAAAUACGGCAAUAUUCGACAGUGGUGGGAUAAUGCAACAAUUGAAAAAUUUGAAACAAAAACAAAAUGCAUCGAGGAUCAAUAUUCGGCUUUUGUACUUGAACAAAUUGGCAUGAAAGUUAACGGUCGAAGUACAAAAGGUGAAAAUAUAGCCGAUAAUGGUGGCUUAAAACAGGCUUACAAAGCUUACAAGGAAUACGUACGUAAACAUCCGCAAUAUUCACUCUUACCGGGUGUCAAUUUGACGCAUGAUCAAUUAUUUUUCCUGAAUUAUGCACAG